AUGAUGGGAAUGCAUGUCGGGAGACCGCCUUGGUCGCUCGACCAGCUCAUCGGCCCUGGGGAGAAGGAAAGCGCGGCGGGCUACGGCGGGCGGCAUACGGCAUACGGCACGGAGUCGCAACCCGAGGGGCGGAUAUGCCUUGGAGCCAGCCUGCGGCAGACCAAUCAGAGCCCGGGUAUUGUCAUGUUGGACGAGAAAGCAGCGCGGAGUCCAUCUGUCUGGACGGAGCACAUGCGGCCUCGACUGACACUGCCCAGCUCGCUUGUAGCUCUCGUCAAGAAAAUGGUCAAGGAGGAUGCCACUGAAGGUGUGGUUCAGGGCGUGUCUGCCGCCGCCCCAGACCAAGCCCAAGACGCGCCAGCAUGUCCAAUGCGGCAAAACGCAGUAGCUUCACAGCUCAAAGAUGCGCUCGCUGUGUUGUUCGCUAUACGCCUCAUCAAUGCGCUGUGUGUUCGUACCUUCUUCCAGCCUGAUGAGUACUUCCAAGCCCUCGAGCCGGCAUGGCAGAUGGUAUUCGGGCCAGAUAGUGGUGCCUGGAUGACCUGGGAAUGGCAGAACCAACUGCGCUCCUCGCUUCAUCCUGGCGUCUUCGCGGUUGGCUACACCAUCAUGGGAAACUAUGUCUCCUCAAUCCCCAUGCCUGCUCACUACGGGGCCUAUGCUUUCCUGGCAGUACCCAAGGUCAUGCAAGCUGGCUUUGCUGCCUUGAGUGACUGGUUUGCCUGGAGGCUUGGCGAGAGGCUAUUCGGACAGAACACUGCUUCUGCCUGGUCUGUGGCAAGUGACGUUUCCCACUACCCAAUCGAGAAGAACCACCCUAACCGUCUCCUGCAGCUAGUCAUGAGCAUUGUGAACCCCUGGCAAUGGUAUUGCUCUACAAGGACCUUCUCUAACUCUCUGGAGGGUACCUUGACCAUAGCUGCACUUUUCUACUUUCCUUGGGAGUUGCUUGGCACCCAAGGUCAGAGUCCGGGGAAUGCAGGAUCUCCAGAGGUCUUCAAGAAAAGGGGUUCUGUCAAUAGCCUCCGCCUGUCCAUCAUAUUUGCGACACUGGCGGUUCUGCUGCGUCCCACGAACGUCCUGAUCUGGCUCGCCGUGGGGACCCUUGCUGUGACCAGGCUUACACUUGAUGGAGUCUCACCACUGACUGGGAAUACGAUUUUCGUUCUCAUAAGGGAGGCUCUUCUUUGCGGGUCUCUCGUGUUGGGGCUGUCAUUGUAUGCCGAUAAGCAAUACUUUGGCGAAUGGACCUUUCCGCCCUUGAAUACGUUGUAUUACAACAUUUCUCAAUCUUUGGCCAUUUUCUAUGGCCAAAAUGACUGGCACUACUACCUCUCGCAAGGCAUCACCUUGUCUUGCACCACCAUAACCCCUUUUGCGGUUCUGGGUCUGUGGUCAGUACCUGAGGCUGCUCUCCACUCGGUCACAACCAAGAACGCUCUCAAGGCCCUAAGCUUCGCGGUUUUGAUAACCAUCUCUACCUUGUCUUUCAUCGUCCAUAAAGAAGUUCGCUUCAUCUAUCCCCUCAUACCCAUUCUCCAUAUCCUGGCUGCUCCACAUAUCACUUCGUUCUUCACCCAACCUGAGGAAGGCGGGAUUCCAACUGCAAAUGGCCCGAUCGGCGCACGAAGAAAGCCUCUCCUCGUCCUGGGACUACUUGUCAAUCUCAUCAUUGCCUCCUACCUGUCGUAUUUCCAUGCAGCUGCGCCAAUAUCUGUGAUGAGUUACCUGCGCGGCGAAUUCGAGAGGAUUCACCCAGAGAACAUGACAGUCGCGACACCUUUCUUGUUCAAGAACGAGACAGCGGAGCCGCUCGAACUAUUCGCGUUGUUCCUCACUCCGUGCCACACCACACCGUGGCGCUCGCACCUGAUCUAUCCGGCCCUCAGGGCAAGGGCAUUGACCUGUGAGCCACCGCUCCACACCGCUCCAGGUUCGCCUGAGAGAGCUGCCUACGUCGAUGAAGGCUGGCGAUUCGACGCCGACAAGGUGGGCUUCCUGGCCAAUGAGCUAUGGCCUACCGGCGGAAAGGGCGAGGAGCUGCCACGCUACAUCAUUGGUUUCGAAGGCAUUGAGGACGCGCUGAGGACCUACUUCGGGCCAGCGGGUCCAGGGGCAGACAAAGGUGUUACGUUGAAGCAGACUUGGAGCGAAUGGAAUGGUCUGUUCACAGAUGACGACCGAAAGGCCGGAGAGAUCCGUGUCUGGGAAACAGGUAUCUACUGA